AUGUUCUCUAAGUGUGCUGUGGUGGCUAAUGUAUAUUUCUUGUUCGGUAACACCUUGCUGCUAGAAAUCUCAUCACAUGGAAAUGAGAUGAUUCAAGGUUAUAACCUUAAUGGGUAUGGCUUGGUGGCAUUACAACUUUUCCAUAGUGUGGUUGAGUUGGGCAUUGAAGCAGAUGAAUUCACAUAUGUAAAUGUCCUGGAUCCUUGUCAAGGAAUUCAAGAUCAGAAAAGUGGUGAACAGAUCCAUGACCAAGUCAUCAAAAAUCAGGACUCUGGAGUUGGUGUCUUGGGGGCUUUUAUUUCAAGACAAGGCUUUCACAAUGAAGCCCUUUCACUUCUAAAUAGCUCGAGAGAAACAGGUGAGAAGCCUGAUGAGUUCAGCUUAGGCAGUGCCAUGAAUGCAUGUACUAAUGUUGCUCUGAUUGACCAAAGUAAAUGUAUCCAUUCACAUGUAAUCGAUACAGGAUAUGAAAAGCAUUUCAGUGUAGCAAGUGCUGUUAAAGAUGGCAGUGCUAACGGUGGAGAAAGCAGUAGCUCUAAGCAGGCUUUUGAUAGUGUUUCAAGAGAUGAUGAUGCCAGUUCUCUUUAA